AUGAAGUUUGAAAUUCUCGCAUCCAUUGCUGUACUUUUAUUUUCCAACUGCCUAAAUGCUUUAUCCAUUCAAAGACAACCAGUAAACUCACAAGCCGUUGAAAGGAGAGGCGGGUUCAAUGCCUGGGAUUACAAUAAAGAUACCGUGAGAGGCUUGAACUUGGGUGGUUGGUUUGUGUUGGAACCCUACAUCACCCCAUCCUUGUUUGGAACUUGGUUGUUUCCACAAAACACACCAGUUGAUGAAUAUCACUUUACCCAGCAAUUGGGUAAAGAGGCCGCCAAGAAUGUUUUAAACCAACAUUGGUCAACUUGGAUCACUGAAAACGAUUUCAAAGAGUUUAGCAAACAAGGGAUCAACACCGUUCGUAUCCCCAUUGGAUACUGGGCGUUCCAAUUGUUGGACAACGACCCAUAUGUGCAAGGCCAAGUCAAGUAUCUCGACCAGGCUUUGCAAUGGGCCAAAGAGACCAAUGUCAAAGUCUGGAUUGACUUGCACGGUGUCCCCGGUUCCCAAAACGGAUUUGAUAACUCUGGUUUGAGAGACCACAUUGACUGGCAAAAGGGCGACAAUGUCAAGGUCACUUUGAACGUCUUGCAAACCAUCUUCAAAAAAUACGGUGGUACCAACUACGCAGACGUUGUGAGUGGUAUUGAAUUGGUCAAUGAGCCAUUGGGCAGCUCGUUGGACAUGGGCCAACUCCACCAAUACUUGCAGGAUGGCUACACCGAUUUGAGAAGCACCGGCUCGUACACUCCAGUAAUCAUCCACGAUGCGUUCCAGCCCAAGGGUUACUGGGACAACUACUUUACCACCGCAGACACCACUUGGAACGUGGUGAUUGACCACCACCACUACCAAGUUUUCUCCCCUGGUGAAGUUGAGCGUAAUAUCGACCAACACUUGAAAGUUGCAUGCGACUGGGGAUGGGACUAUAAAAGUGAAAGCCACUGGCAAGUUGCUGGUGAAUGGUCUGCCGCUUUGACCGAUUGUGCUCCUUUGCUUAAUGGUGUCAAUAGAGGUGCUCGUUACAGCGGGCAAUACGACAAUUCCCCAUUCAUUGGCUCCUGCGAUCCUUACUUGGACAUUGCCAAAUGGCCCCAGGAUUACAAGACUAAGGUUAGAAAAUACAUUGAGGCGCAAUUGGACGCGUUCGAGUACACUGGCGGCUGGAUUUUCUGGAACUUGAAAACUGAGAGUGCCGGUGAAUGGGAUUUCCAAAAGUUGGUCUACAAUAAACUAUUCCCACAACCAUUGACUGACAGGCAGUACCCUAACCAAUGUGGUUUCCCAAGCAAGUGA